AUGUAUGUGAGUUACCUUUUGGAUAAAGAAACCAGCAUGUAUCCAGGAUCUGCAAGGUGCAGCAGCAACAACCUGCCAGUGCAAAACUUUGUGUCUACUCCGUCUUAUCCGGAUUACAUGGGAUACCAUCAUGUGCCAGCUCUGGACACCCACAGCCAGCCUGCGGGAACCUGGGGAUCCCACUAUGGCCCGCAGAGGGAGGACUGGAACGCUUACGGCCCAGGACCUUCUAGCACGGUUGCUGCUGCUCAGAUCAACAGCUCGUCUCCUGGACAGGUCUCCUACACUUCUGCUGAUUACAGCUCCCUCCAUCCCGCUGGAUCUGGGGGGUUACCUCCUGUAGAUACAGUUAAUACACAGCAAAUCUCUCCCAACAGCCAAAGGCACAGCUCUUAUGAAUGGAUGAGGAAAACGGUGCAAUCCACUUCCACAGGUAAAACAAGAACAAGAGAGAAGUACCGAGUGGUUUACACAGAUCAUCAGAGAUUAGAAUUAGAGAAGGAAUUUCAUUACAACAGAUACAUUACAAUCAGGAGGAAGUCUGAACUUGCUGCAAACCUAAGACUUUCCGAGAGACAGGUGAAAAUCUGGUUCCAGAAUCGCAGAGCCAAAGAAAGAAAAUUAAUGAAGAAGAAAAUGACUCAUUUUGAUGGCAGCAGCCUUGGCUCUAUGCAGAGUGACUCUGGCUCAGUGAGCCCAAUGCCAGUUCCUGACCAACAGACUCAUUCAGAAAUGCCCAGUUCUUUAUUCCCACCUCCUCCUCCUCCUCCACUUCCCAUGAAUGGUUUGCAGCACAACGGGAAUCUGCAGCAGGUAGUGGCCUCUCAGUAAGGCUGCUGGAAGAGCUGCUAUAGAAUGAACACUAUAAACUACCAGUACAUGGAGCACUACAGUAUGAGAGAGGACAGCUGUAGCUGUUUUGCAGGAGUCCCCAGCAUGACAUGGAUUUGUGCACAUAAGCUUCCAGGACAGUAAGCCAAGAGCUCCUUGCCACGUCUGCAGGCUAGCUUGAGUUCCCAAGGACAAUGGAACUGCUGUGUGCCAGGAGCCCUUGCUGCAGGGUACCUCUGCAAGGGAAUGCCAUGCCCAGCCUGUGCCCCAGGGCACAGGGAGGGAGGAGAGCCAGGACCAGCUACAGCCACUUGUUACAGGCCACUGCAGACAAAAAAAAGCACAGAACGUGCCCCAGGCAAUUCAGCCUUGCUGAGGGCAGCUGUAAGGGGUGUGUAAGGGGGUGCUCUGUCUGUCCCUCGCCCCAGGCAGAGAGUGUAUUCCUUCUCCUUUGAUCUUCACACAGGUUCCAUGUACUCGCUUCCAUGGACUUUACACAUGGAUCUUGAUAAAUGAAAACCUGGCAUAUACGUUCUGACCCACUUGAUGGAAAGCCGGGGUUGUGCUGGUUGCACUCACUACAUGUUAAGGGCAAAGGUCAGGGACGAGCUUUUUGGAAUUUUCUGGGUUUGACAGGUAUGAUUUCCAAUGCUCCGUGCACUGGUAAUACACAUGCACUCCUCAAUCUUACCACAAAUGUUUCAAAA